UUCUAGUAUGAUGAGCAAAAGUCUGAAGAUGGAAGUUCAAGAUUUACCUUUGGAAACGACGAGUAGCCUUCCUCCAAAUAUCAUUCAAACAAUUCUUACUCUUAUGCCAUUGCGAGAUGCAUUUAGGACAAGUAUUCUAUCUCAUAAUUGGCGAAAUCAGUGUUUAAACAUUGCCAAACUCAUGUUCGAUGAUGCAGUGUUUCAAGGACCGACUUGUAAAAACCUAUCAAUCAGAUUUAAACUCUUAUACAUUGUUUACCCGAUCUUGUUGCUACACCAGGGCCCGUUACUCGAGUUCUCUCUUUCUAUCUCCUAACUAAUUAGCUGUUGCGAGAUUGACCAGAUAAUGCUUCACCUAUCAAGGAUUGCUACCUUGAAGAAACUUACUCUUUGCAUCGAGUCGGGUGAUGAUCAUAAGCUACUGCUGGCUUUCUUCAACUUGCAACAAUUGACGGUUCUUAAACUCCAAAAAUGUGUUUUUCAACCUCCAGUAACCUUGAAAGGAUUUAGUAGGCUGAUUAGCUUAUCCUUUAACAAUGUCAACAUAACCGCGAAAGUCUUUCUACGGUUUAUCUCCAAUUGCCCGCAGCUUAAGGACUUUACUCUGAUUGGAGAUGAAAAACAUCUUAUGGGGUGUUGGAAUUCUGACUUUGUUGAGUUAUUUGAGUGUUUACCUUUGGUUGAGCAUCUGUGUAUGAGUUGGUACCCUGUUAAGGUGAUACAUAUUGCUCCAAGAUUAUAUCUUUAUACUACUAGAAAGGGUAUUAGUGACACGAAUAAUCAUCGCAAAAAUAGACAUGUCGGUAAGAAAAUUUGCAACAGAAAUUGA